ACAAAAGCUCUCUUCUCUCUCCCUCUCUCAAAUCAAAACACAAAAAGAAAUCUUCAUAUCCUCAAAGGAUUUUUUUUUUUCUCUUUUUAUAAUUGUUAAGGAAAGUUUCUUUUUGUUUUGUUUUGUUUAUUUUCCGGGAAAAUAGUUGCAGAAGGGGAAAAUAAUCAUGGGGACAUUUACAAGCUUUAGAAAAGCUUAUGGAGCACUCAAAGAUACCACAAAGGUUGGGCUUGCAAAGGUUAAUAGUGAUUUUAAGGAAUUGGAUAUUGCAAUCGUAAAGGCCACCAAUCAUGUCGAGUGUCCUCCUAAAGAACGCCAUGUUCGAAAGAUCUUUUCAGCAACUUCAGUAGUACGUCCACGUGCAGAUGUGGCAUACUGCAUUCAUGCACUUGCCAAGAGACUAUCCAAGACGCGAAACUGGACUGUUGCAAUAAAGACAUUGAUCGUCAUCCAUCGAACAUUGAGAGAGGGAGAUCCUUCAUUUCGAGAAGAGCUUAUAAAUUAUGCACGCAGAGGAAAUAUUCUCCAAAUUUCAAAUUUCAAAGAUGACUCAAGUCCAGUGGCAUGGGAUUGCUCUGCAUGGGUUCGAACAUAUGCUCUAUUCAUAGAAGAAAGGCUAGAGUGUUUAAGGAUUUUGAAAUACGACAUUGAAGCUGAGCGUUUGAGAAAAUCAUCACUUGUAACAACCAAGGUACACAGUAGAACAAGGCUUUUAGAUCGAGAUGAAUUACUGCAUCAAUUACCUGCAUUACAACAACUUCUUUAUCGUCUAAUUGGUUGUCAGCCUGAAGGAGGAGCUUAUAGUAACUAUCUUGUACAAUAUGCCCUGGCCUUGGUAUUAAAAGAAAGUUUCAAAAUAUACUGUGCAAUUAAUGAUGGAAUCAUCAAUCUUGUGGAUAUGUUUUUUGAUAUGUCAAGGCAUGAUGCAGUGAAAGCAUUAAAUAUAUACAAGCGAGCUGCCCAACAGGCUGAACAUCUGGCUGAAUUCUAUGAAUAUUGCAAGGGUUUGGAGCUUGCUAGAAACUUCCAAUUUCCAACACUAAGACAACCUCCUCCAUCAUUUCUUGCAACAAUGGAAGAAUAUAUCAAGGAAGCACCUCAAACAGGUUCUGUCCGUAAGAGACUGGAAUACGAAGAGAGAGAAGAAUCAAUGCCAGAGAAGCAAGGAGAGCCUUCUUCAGAACCUAAAGAAGAAGUUGAAAAAGUUGAAGAUGAGGUUGAAACACCAGUAAACACGGAAGAAGAAGAAGUUCAACCUGAAGAAGAAGUGGCAGAAGCUCCACCAUUGAUAUCUACUGAUGAUAUUACUGGGGAUCUGCUUGGCUUGAAUGAAGUAAAUCCAAAAGCUUUAGAAUUAGAGACAAGCAAUGCAUUAGCCCUUGCAAUUAUUCCAGCUGGUGGUGAUCAUCCAUCUUCAUCGAAUCAUGCAUUGAGUGAAGUUGAUAGGCCAAAUGCAACAGGAUGGGAGCUAGCACUUGUUACCACACCAAGCACUAAUGCUAGCCACGCAGUGGAAAGCAAAUUGGCUGGUGGAUUUGAUAAGCUAUUACUUGAUAGCUUGUAUGAAGAUGACAAAGCAAGGAGACAAAUACAAUUGCAGAAUGCAGGUUAUGGACAUGGUGGAAUGGUUGAAAACAACCCAUUUGAACAACAAGACCCAUUUGUAAUGUCCAACAACACAGCACCACCACCAAGUGUACAAAUGGCAAUGAUGGCUCAAGAGCAACACCAAUACCAACAACAACAACAAAUGAUGAUGGUACCUUACCAAUAUCAAUAUCAAUAUCCUCAACGACAAAUGCAGCAAAUGGGUUCUUCAAAUCCUUUUGGUGAUCCUUUUGCAAAUCUUCCACAAAAUUCAAUACCUCAACAAGGAAACCAUAUGCUACUUUAGUAGUUAAUUUACUUCUUUUUUUUUUUCUUGGUUUCACUAUACUCCUUAAUUCUUGAAAAUAGGAGAAUCAUUUUGUUUGCUAUGAAGUUUGGUAUACUCAUUCUUUGUUUCUUAGUAAAUAAUAUAUUUAUAUGCAA